AUGUCCACAGAGAACGGGCUGCCGCGGCGUCUGCGCACAGCCUACACCAACACCCAGCUCCUGGAACUGGAGAAGGAGUUCCACUUCAACAAGUACCUCUGCAGGCCCCGCAGGAUAGAGAUCGCCGCCUCCCUCGACCUCACCGAGCGACAGAAAAGACGAAAACAUAUUCAGAAUCCGAGAGAUGAUGGAAUGGCUUAG